AUGUCGCCGUUCUACUGGUGUCAAUUUCUGCUGUACAGUAUUUGUAUUCAUUUGUUUACGAUGUAUACAUACGUUGUUUACUACAGUGACUUGCUCUCUCAAAGUUUUCGUCCUGAAAUCCGUGAAAAUUACGACUAUAUUAUCGUGGGUUCUGGAACAGCAGGCUCGGUAAUCGCCCACAGACUAGCAAAAGAAACUAACCACACUUUUAUAGUGCUGGAGGCAGGGUGCACACCAAAUGCUCUAAUGGACAUGCCUAUAGUCGGACCGGUGAUACACCGCUCCCUUUUUGAUUGGCAAUUUGAGACUGUGCCCCAGGAAUAUGCUUGCUGGGCUUUGCAUGAUCAUAAAUGCAGACUGCCACAAGGAAAGGUUCUUGGAGGGUCAUCAAAAUUAAACAAUAUGGUCUACUUCAGGGGAAAUUUAUCGCAUUAUGUUGAUUGGUUUCAUGGAAAGCAUACUGAAGAAUAUAUCAGACAACAAUUUCAGUUCCUUGAAAGUCAAAUUAUACAUUUAGACAAUAUAAAGUAUGAAAGCCAUUUAUCUAAUGCAAUUAUUAAUGCAGCUAAAGAGUUAGGAUAUAAAGAAAUAAGUACAGAGUCAGAACUAGGUUUCAUGAAAAGUAAAGUGUCACAAAAGAAUGGAAAAAGAUGGUCCACAUCUGACAAUUUAAAACCAAUAGAUAUUGUAACUAAUAUUUUAGUUGAACGAUUAAUUUUGAAAGGGAAUAAAGCCAUUGGUGUUGAAUUUAUUAAAUCUAAUGUAAGAAGAAAAUUGUUUGCUAGAAAAGGUGUAAUUUUAUCAGCAGGAACUUACAACUCUGCUAAAAUUUUGCAAUUGUCUGGUAUAGGUCCAAAGAAAUUAUUGAAGUCUCUAAACAUUCCUGUUAUUAAAGAUCUACCUGUAGGAAAAAACCUUCAGGAUCAUGUUACUACUGGCUUGGAUUUGUUAAUGUUUAACAAAUCUCUAGCAUUACAUGGAAGUGAUAUAGUAAAUCCAAUAAAUUCAUAUAAUUACUUUUUAUACGGCGAAGGACCGCUGACUACGCCCGGUUGUGAAGUUAUUGGUUUUGUGUCGACAAAGAAUGAACAAACGCCAGACUUACAAUUCAUGGUUUUGCCUGUAGGUAUAUCAUCUGACAGGGGAAGUAAAUUAAGGAAAAGUUUAGGUAUUAAAGACGAUAUAUGGUUGGAAUAUUUUGCGAAAACAUUUGAUAAAUACACAGCGUCUAUACUACCUAUUGUUUUACAUCCUAAAAGCAAGGGCACUGUUUUUAUAAAAAGCAAAGAUGCCAAAGAACCCCCUCUAAUAGAUCCUAAAUAUUUAUCGAAUGAAGAUGAUAGACAAGUUCUAAUAAAUGGUCUGAAAUUAGUAAAAACAUUUACUGAAACAAAUGCUAUGAAAAAUAUUGAAGGGUACAUCAAUCCUAUACCAAUGCCAAGCUGUAAAGAUUACGCUAUGUUUUCAGAUAGUUAUUGGAGAUGUUAUAUAAAACAUUUUGCUUCAACGAGUUAUCAUCCCGUAGGGACAUGUUCUAUGGGACUACCGGAAUCUGAAAACGCUGUCGUAGAUACUUCAUUUAAAGUUUUAGGAACAAAGAAUUUAUAUGUAGUUGAUGCAUCAGUGCUACCUACAUUACCUAGUGGAAAUAUUAAUGCAGCUGUUGCUAUGUUGGCCAGCGUAUUUUUUGAUACUAAUUUUGAAAAAAAUGAAGCAAGACCGAACAAAGAUAAAAUUUGCUUUAAAAAUGACUUUAUUUAUGAAUAUUUGCUUAAUGUUUGUUUUGUUGAAGGUCAUAAGACUUAA